AUGAAGGCUGCUGCUAGAACUAAAAAUGCAAACAUUUUUGAAAAUGAUCAACACCCAUCUGUGGACACUAAUGGCAUCUUUCCAAUUUCUCCACCACUAAAACCUUUUUCUUUCGACACUCUCCCAACACUAGCUCAAAUUAAUGAGAGAAUGGAGACUGAAAUGACUAAAAAGAAGGAGGCCUGGAAGGGAAAAAAGAAGAUCAUAUUCAAGGACCAUGAUGAUCUUUCUGCUGAACACUUGGACUCCAACAACAUCACGAUGGCUAAUGGUGACUUAGAAAGCUCAUCCUCUGAAUAUAUGAAUUGUCAAGGUUUAGGGACUAAAGAUGCUAAAAGGUAUCUUAAUGAUAUGCUGAAUAAUCUAAAUAAUACUAAAAGGUAUCUUAAUGAUAUGCAUAGACACGCCCUUUAUGGAUAUAGGGUUCAGGGUUCAGGUGGUGGUGGUGGCGGCGAUGGUGGUACUGGUGGCGUUGGUGGUGGUGGUGGCGGCGGUGUUGGUGGCGGUGAUAGUGUUUGUGGUGGUGGUGGUGGCGGCGGUGUUGGUGGCGGUGAUAGUGGUUGUGGUGGUAGUUCUAGUGGUAGUGGUGGUGGCGGAUCACAUGCGUGCUAA